AUGGUGUAUAAAUUGGAAGUAAGUGCAAACAGUGAAAAUGUUGGUCGUUUUAGAUCGAUCUUUUCACAGAUUGUAGCAUCGAUGUCAUCAUUUCUUCUUUUGUUCGACUUGGGAAUGGCAAUAAAUUUUUCGACGAUUAUGAUCCCAGCACUACUGAAUGCCUCAGAAGGUUUAUCUCUAAAUGAAGAAGAAGCGUCUUGGUUUGGAAGCGUAUCAUUUUUAUCACAGCCAGUAGGUGCCAUACUCUCUGGACCAGUCGUCGAUUACUUUGGUAGACGAAAGUCUAAUUUUCUGGUGAAUAUACCCAUGAUAGUAGCGUGGAUCCUCAUGUAUUACUCAUGGAACCUUCCAACUCUAUUCAUCGCUAACGCUUUGUUGGGAAUUAGCUCAGGAAUCAUGGAAGCCCCCAUCAGCUGUUAUAUAGGAGAAAUCACUGAGCCGUCGAUUCGAGGAGCUUUGUGUGCAUUAACUCAAACGUUCACAGCAUUUGGUGUACUCUUUAUGUACUUCUUGGGCACUUUUCUGGAAUGGCGGAGCGCUGCGUUAGUAUGCCUCAUUGCACCAGUUGCUUCGAUGGCCACCGUAAUUUUAUCACCAGAAACACCAAUAUGGCUACUAACGAAAAAUCGAGAAAAGGAUGCAUUGACAUCCCUGUGUAAACUACGCGGUUGGACCUCACCGGAAAACGUCCAAGAAGAAUUCGUUGAACUGACUGCUUAUAGUAAAAAAUUAGUAAACUGCGUCAUAUGUUCUAGUACUAAUCAAGAUUACAAGCGCUGCGAACAUGAAUCGAUGAAUUGGUUUUUAAGACGUACUAUAAAAUUCAAAUACGUUAUGUUCUGUAAAGAGACGUUACGACCCUUAUCGCUUGUGGUGAUGUAUUUCUUAUUUUUCGUGAUGAGUGGUCUCACGCCCCUUCGACCAAACUUAAUCAAUAUCUCUGGAGCUCUGGGGAUAGCACAAGAUGGUAAAAGAGUUGUGCUAAUGGUUGGAGUUAUAACAUUCGUUAUAAGUUUCAUCGUCAUCGGACUUAUUAAAAUUCUUGGGAAGCGAAUAGUUGUCAUAAGCGCACUAUUCGCAAGCGCAGUCGUCUGUACCCUUUUGAGUACAUAUGCUAAAAUAAAUUUAGAUGAUUCUGUAUUUUCAUACAAUCCAUCGACAUUCCCUAAAGAGACUAGUGUCCUACCAUUGGUGCUACUGUACCUUCUAACAAUAUUUACUGCUUUGGGAGUACCAUGGGUUUUACUUGGAGAACUUUUUCCGUUCAGGAGUCGCGCAACAUCACAGGGGUUGUCUGCAGCAAGCAACUAUCUGUUUUCGUUUCUCGGAUCAAAAACUUUCAUUGAUCUGGAAACUAAUAUUCAACUAUGGGGAACUUUCGCUACAUAUGCAGCAUUCGGUUUUCUGGGAUCUAUUUAUUUGUACUUUUUCCUCCCAGAAACCGAAGGUAAAACGCUACAAGAGAUAGAAGGAUUCUACAACGGUGAACUGCGAGUAUUUGGUGGAAAUUCAGUUUUGAAAUGUUUGAAAAGAGAAAAAAGAUAAAAGAUUAUCGAAAAAUAUAACAUGUUCUUAGAAUAAUAAUACGUAGAAGCCUAGAAGCAUAUAAAAUAGGUAUUUAACCUAACGAUAACUAAUAAUACUAACUACUAUUUAUCACAAUAGCAAAAAGGUAUAUGUUGUUAUGUUUACGAAACUAGCUGUUGGUUCAGCUAGUAUGGUAUCUUGUCAAACAUAAUAAAACAUAUCUAAAAAAGUGACCGUAUUCAACGUGCUUUUAUUAGGGCACUACGCGUAGUUCAUGUGAAAAAUAAAUAUCUUUGAACAUACAGACACGGUCGUCUUUUCCUACGAUAGACUACUUACUGUCUCUUUCGCAGGUACCAACAGACCGAUAAAGCUACAUAUUUUUAUUGAUAUAUGUAUACUAAUUAUCUAUUUAUUAUACAAAAUAUAUGUUCAAACGCAAAAACAAACCUAACACUUCAAUGAAUAAAAAUUACCCAAAAUA